UAGUUGUGCUGUGGCCCGCCUGUCUGCCCCAGUCUCAGCGUAGCGGAGUGCGCCUGUCUUCCGUCUCUCCUCUAAACCGGUUUAACUGCAGCUAUGCCGGGGGUACUGCUCGGAGACGUGUUCCCCAAUUUCGAGGCUGACACCACCACCGGGAAGAUACAAUUCCACGACUUUCUCGGCGAUUCGUGGGGUAUCCUGUUCUCUCACCCUCGAGACUUCACCCCGGUGUGCACCACAGAGCUGGGUCGCGCGGCCAAGCUGUCAGGAGAGUUUGCGAGGCGCAGCGUGAAGAUGAUCGCUCUGUCCAUCGACAGCGUGCAGGACCACCUGGCCUGGAGCAAGGACAUCGUCGCCUAUAACGGAGAGGCUCCCGACUCCACGCUGCCUUUCCCGAUCAUCGCGGAUGAGAAGCGGGAGCUGGCCGUCCAGCUGGGAAUGCUGGACCCCGAUGAGAAGGACAAGGACGGCAUUCCGCUGACCGCUCGCUGCGUGUUUGUCAUUGGCCCUGACAAGAAGCUGAAGCUGUCGAUUCUCUACCCUGCCACCACGGGGCGCAAUUUCGACGAGAUCCUGCGCACGGUGGACUCUCUGCAGCUGACUGCGCAAAAGCGCGUGGCCACGCCCGUGGACUGGAAGCUUGGUGACAGCUGCAUGGUGCUUCCCAAUAUUCCCGAGGACGAGGCCGCCAAGCUGUUUCCUGCCGGCGUUUACACCAAGGACCUGCCAUCAGGGAAGAAGUACCUGCGAUACACCCCGCAGCCAUGAGGGGGCAACGUGGGACAGAGCUGGACUCCUGACAACCUGCCGAGGAGAGAGAGAGAGAGAGAGAGAGAGAGAGAGAGAGAGAGACAGAGAGAGAGAGAGAGAGAGAGAGAGAGGCGUAGGGGUGGGGGUGCAGAGAGUACAUCACUACAGAGACAGUUCAGAUACAUCCCUACAGAGUUCUUCUCUUCCCUCACAGUCCUUUUCAAGUCUCUCUCUCUCUCUCUCGUGUGGACGGUGUAUUCUUGAUAAUCAAGCUGAACUCUAUAUUCCUCUUUGCCUUUCCACAGGGUGUGCACUAGGUAGACUGUCUUGAUAUUUUUUGCUCUGUGAAUGAACAUCAUUUCAGUUUUGAAUUAAAAUAAGUUGAUUUAA